UCUACGCAGCGCGAAGAAUGAGCAUCCCAUGGCGCCUCUUGAAGCGUGGGAGCUGCGAAGGCUGCAGAAUGGUCCGGUGGACUCCGUUGUGGUGACCUCUGCUGGCCUGCGCAAGGUGCGGCAUCUGAAGCCUCUGCGCCGCCCAGCGCCCGAAGCCGCGGAGCGGGAGAUCCCCCUGCGCCCGGACGCGGGGCCUGAGACGCGGCUGCGCUUCGGGGACGGCGUGUGGCUACUGUUGCCGCCCUUGGAGGAGGCGUCGAAGCCGCUGGCGCUGUGCGCCUGCGCGCGGCCGCAAGUCACGGAGCACGUGGGGCCCCGGGAGUUGCAACCCACCGACGCGGUGGCGGAGGAGCUGCGCCUUGCGCGGGACCUCGCGGCUUCGGGGCGCCGCGCCCGGGGCCUGGUGGCGCUCACCGGGGCGCCGCUGGAGGGAAGUCGGCGCGCCUUGGCCUGGGCGCUGUACCGGGCCAAUGGCCUGGAUGGCUUUAAGGAGGAGGCAGUGCAUUAUGGCCAGCCACUGCAGCUGGGGCAGCCUUCGGUGGAUGGCGAGGUAUUGCUGAGCUGCGAGCCUCCCAGUCGCGGAGGAGGCAUGGGCUCCUCCUACUCGCUGCUGGGGCGCUUUGCAGACUUUGGCCACGCUGUGCUGGGCCGCAAGGGCUGGCAUGAUGUCUUCGUCUUUGCGCCGGUGAGAUCUGGUGACUUCGGAGAUCCCGUGGACCUCCGGCAUCCUUUGCGCAUUGUCCCGCUGGCUCCGUACAGUUACUUACACGGCAUGCGGCUUGUGCAAGCGGCCCCCUUCGGGCUGCCAAACCGCGUGGGCCGGGGCUGCGCCUCCCGCGCGGCCGUCACGGCGUUCGGCUCGGAGCUGCUGCUGCGCGCGGCGCAGCCGGAGCCGGAGCUUUGGGACACCGAGUGGUUCUUGCAACGCCUGGUGUAUGACGGCCCAGUGCCAGCGAGCGUCAAUGCCACCGGCUUUGCGCGCUGGAGUGGGCUCAGGUCAGCAGUUCUUGAACGCUUGCGCCGUCGGCGAGAAGUUUGCGCCUUCAGCACUCUUCGCAAGAUCCUGUCGAAGGACCGGCUUUUGUCCGAGCCGCGCCUGGGCAUGCGAGAGCCGGCGGCAGAUGCGGUGGAGGAACCCAUCCUGGUUGGCAAAUCUUAUGUUGAAGCCACGCUGCGGUGCAGCUAUGGGCUUUGCGUCAGCGAGGCGGACAUGCAACAUGUGGUGGACAUCUUCUCUGCCACGUGGCCUGGCGCUGACGAGCCCAUCAUCGAUGUGGAUGCCUUCUUGGAUGCGCUGCGUGGGGAGAUUUCCGUCGGGAGGCUGCGGACACUGGAGCAGCUUUACUCGCUGCUGCAGAAGGAGGCAGGCGGCCGGGACAGCCUGAGCUUGGCCUGGGUGCGUGCACGCAUCGCGGAUUGUGCUGCCGAAAGCCAGCUCUUCCCGGUGAGCGAGGUGAUGUCAGCUCUGCCGCUCAUCCGCACUCAUGCGUCGGUGACACGUCAAAUCUUCUCCCGGUGGCAGAUGGACUUGUUUGCGCUGGUAGACCGACACGAGCUUCUUCUCGAGUUCUUGCGGCAGAUGUGGGGGGAUGUGGUGCUGAAACUGGGCACUGAUGAGGAGAAAGCCAAUUGGACCCUGCCACUCCCGGCGGAGGUCUAACGUGUGCCUUACCACAAACGUUGGAAGGGCUUUGCACUUUGUUUCACCGGAAGGGGGCCCCCUUGCCAGCGGAAAUCGCGCAGGGGCCAAGCUGCGUCGCAGCGAGGGAAGGUGGCCGAGUUGUUUCCUGCGCG